UCCAUGAUGUCAUUUCGAAACGCAUGUGAACACAUGCUUUAUUAUCAUUUAUUAUCUUCCUAAUAUAAACAAUAAAAUUUGUAUCAAAAUUUAACAUAAUAAAAUUUUUUUUAAAUAUAUAAAAUGGCAUUUCGUCAGUGUUUAAGAAUGAUUAGAAAAAAUAUGAUUUCAACUGUGAUUGGAGCAAGUAUAUUUACAAGUUUUAAUGAAAAAACAGAAUUUCCAAAGUCAGAUAAUAAAUUAAAAUUUGAACCAAUUAAUAUUGAAAAGCUGAGUUUUGAUUACAUGAUUAAACAAUCAACAAUUGAUUCAGUUAACAGUGCAACACAAGUAAUUACUGUUACAUAUUCUGCAAUUGAAAGUACUUGUAAUGAAUACAGGCAAAUUUUAUCAUCAUUGAUGCAUUUGAUGGAAGACACUCAACUGUACGAAGUUAGUGAUGAACAUCGUGAUACAAUGAUUGCUUUGAGAUCAGAACUUCAGACGAAAAAAAAAUUAUUAAAUCAAUUAAUUGGGUACAUGGAGAAUGCUCAAAGAAUGGCUGAAUCAGUAACAUCACUCGGUUAUCUUUCUGGUAUGGAUAGUUUAUCAAUUUCACUUUGUGAAAGAAUUGAUGAUGCAGUACGUCAUAAAGAUCAUCAAUUACAAGAAAAUAUAAAGCUAGAAAAACAAUAUUAUCUUCUUGAAGAACAAAUUAUUAAAAAUGAAGCUCAUACAGUUCCAGAAAAAUUAGAAAAUAAUAAUAACGUUGAUGUGAAUGAUGAUUAAAUUGUAUUUUUUAUUUAAAAUUAAAUUUUAUUUUCUAAACAUUGAUUGU